AUAAACCGUAAAAUCUGAAGCAAUGAGUAAACGGAAGUCCGCCACACUCUCAUUUUUCAACUCGAGACAUAAAACGAUUUUCUUAUAAUCGGAAACAGUGAGAAAACAAACGGUAGCCGUAACAAUGGAUAAUCUCAAGGAAUUACUUGCGCCAAAAACAUUUAACAAAGUUAGCCAUGCCGCAGUUGUUAUUUGGAUCCUGAUCGGUAUAAUCUUUCUUGGCAUUUUUGCAGACGCAGAAAACGGUGAAUCCAGGUAUGAUUUCCGCUGUGGCGGGGCGAAGAGUGAAAAGAUCGACCUUGUGCGUGGAAAAUGUUUCGAGUUAUAUGAGAAAAAGUAUAACAAACACGCUCUUCCUACCUAUGGCUUCGUAACCAUGAACUUUUUCCUCAUUGGAACUGUUUGUGUUAUUUACUCCAAGAUAGUGAGCCCAACAGUCGAUCAACUGUCGCCAAGCGCUCAUAACGGUGAUCUUGAGAGACAGUCGCCCGACCAAGAGAGAGCUGGAAAAAAGCUCUUUAUUGCUUACUGCUGUCAACUUUUCACAAGGAUUGUUUUAGGAGUUCUCUUUAUGGUCCUACAAACUCAGAUUCUUUAUCCUCUGGACUUUCCCUCCAGCUUUUCUUGUUAUCUAACCUCCGAAGGGAAUUCUACCGGCGUCAUACAAAACUCCAAAACCUUACACGAGUGUCAUAAUCAACGAGCAACUAAGAAAAACUCUUGGAUGUGCGCUGUUCUUGUCGUGAACGGAAUUUUUCUCUCUAGCAUUCUGAUGGAAACCGUCUAUAUUUUCCUACGUGCGUGGAGAGAGGAUACUUUCAUGAAAAAUUCAAGCUUUCUAGAAGCUCACUUGAACAUUCCACAUCUGCUAAGCAAGCCUGAACAAUUCCAAGAAACACUGCUUCAGGAAUUCAUCGCGAAUACAAAGAAAGUUAUUAAAGAAGAGACAAAUAAACCUCCCCAACUCCGGUCGCCUUUUUCAAGUACUCCUGGCGAAGGACGCUCAGCUAAACAUUUGACUCUGGAUCAGAUUUACACAAAACUUGUCGUUGUUCCAGACAGAGCCGAAUAUGACUUUUCUGGAGUCAGAAGGGAGAAACUGGAAGUCUACACCAGAUCGGAUGAGAAAAACAUAACACCUAGAGGGCCGGAAGACAUUAUUAACCACGAAAACAAAAACGUUUUGAUUGUUGGUCGUCCUGGGAUAGGAAAGACACUUUGCUGUACCAAACUUCUCAGAGACUGGGCAUUUAACAGAGUAUUCCAUAAAUCAUCUGAUGCUAAAAUCCAUUUUGAUGCUACUUUUUUUAUCAAAUUCAGGGCAUUCAACGCGGCAACCGAUCUCAGCCUCCGGGAACUGCUCACAUUGUCAGAACAUUCCUCCUCAAAUCACAUGGAUGAUGAAGUCUGGAAUUACAUCCUUGACAACCCCCAAAGAGUUCUCUUUGUUUUCGAUGGAAUCGAUGAAUUUAAACAUUAUUCAAAGAUCGGCGAGGAAAAUUUCGAGCCUCAAUUCAGAAACCGCGCAGACGAAAAGAUGCCCCUGUAUGCACUAUACGAGAAGCUUGCGACUGGAAAACUUCUCAUCGGAGCUGCCGUUUUGACAACCACAAGACCUACGGCUUUGUCAUGCAUCGAGCGUGUUGAUUUCGACAAAGUCUUCGAGAUCCUCGGCUUCUCAUCCGAACAAGUCGAAGAGUACGUAACCAAAUUUGUUGAGGAGGACAAGCAUGCAGGCGAAACAAUAUGGCGACACAUCGGCGGCAACAUAAACAUUCUCUCUCUAUGCUCCAUUCCUGCGAGUUGCUUCAUCAUUUGCUCAAGUCUCUUUCAAAUGGUGAGGUUCUAUGGUUCUAAAAGUCUUAGCCUACCAACGAAAUUAACAGAUAUUUACAAGAAAGCCGUGAAAAUCUUUUACUUAAGACACAACGAAGAAUUCCGCGGCAAGAAUUUCACUCGCGAAGAAUUUGAAUCAGACCAGUUGCCCCCUGAAGUGGAAAAGAAAUUCGAGAAACUGGAAAAAAUGGCAUUUGAAGGAAUUAAAGAAGGAAAGCUGGUCUUUGGAGGAAACGAAGUACGCGGAAUGGAAGAAAGCGCUCUCUUUCACCGCUUACUCGACCGUGAAACUGCCCCUCUAAAACGUGAACGACAAUUCUGUUUCAUUCAUUUAACAAUGCAAGAGUUUUUCGCUGCGAGGCACCUGGCAAACAUGAAUGAAACAGAACUGAGGAACUUUGUUUCAAUGAACAUCGAGGACGGCAAAUGGCAGCUGGUUUUUCAGUUUCUAGCAGGACUAAUGAACGAGAAAGAAAAACUACCGAGCGAAAUCAUCACAGACCUUCUUCCUGUGGAAACUGAAGAGAAAGAAAGCAAGUUCUACUACGAAGAGUGGACAUGGGAUAUGGAGCCAAGGAAAGUAACUUGUUGGCCGACUAGAGACAAAAAACAUUUAGCAGUGACAUUAUUUAAAUGCAUUAACGAAAGUAGUGAGAUGGAGGAAUUAGUUCAGAGAAAACUUCAACAAAUUAACUUUAAUUUUGUAGAUCUUUAUUCAUGUCAACUCACACCUGACGAUUGUGCUUCAGUAGUUACUGUAAUUAAGAAUGUUCAACAAAUUUCACAUUUAGAUUUGGGGGGCAAUAACAUUGGUCCGUUAGGUUGUUUUGAGAUUUGCAAGUUGUUAAAAUGUAGUAAUUCUCAACUGAGCUGGUUACGCCUCGGAGGAAAUCAAUUGACAGAUGAAGCAGCAAAGUAUUUAGCUGAAGCCAUCAACAACAACAACUGUCAGCUACGCUGGUUACACCUCUGGAAAAAUUGCAUCUCAGACGUUGGAGCACAGCACUUGGCUAAAGCCAUCAACAACAACAACUGUCAGCUACGCACGUUAAACCUCUCAUACAACAACAUCUCAGACAUUGGAGCGCAGCACUUGGCUGAAGCCAUCAACAACAACAACAACUGUCAGCUACGCAGGUUUUACCUCACAGCAAAUAACAUCUCAGACAUCGGAGCACAGCACUUGGCUGAAGCCAUCAACAACAACAACUGUCACCUAC